AUGAAUCGGUUUUUGUUUCCAGUUUUGCAUUCGGUCCAAGAAGCCCCCGAGACUAGUCCGAAGGCUCCGUGGAAGUGGACCCGCAAACGACCGCUCUCCGCCAAACGCAACGCUAUUUCGCCGCACCGCCGCUCGGUCCCAUCGCCCGAACGCGUGCUCCAUCGUCGUUGGGCGAGCAGAGAGAGAAGCCAGCGCCCCGCAGGCACCGUCUCGUUGUCUGGUCGCGCCCCCGACGGAAAGAGCCCCGCCGGCACCGUCGUGGACCUGAAACGACAGGCAAAACGAGUGUGAUUGUCGCUCUCGUGCUCUGACUGUCGCGUCGCUCCCGACCCCAACCCGAUCGGUCGCUCCCCCACUCCAUCGACCACCCCCCACUCUUUGUGUGGGUCUCUCGUGUCGUUGCGCCGCUCGUGUGGAUCUCUCACCACCCCCCCCCCUUGUGUAUCAGUCGGCUGUGUGUGCGGCUUUCUUUCGGCCCCCCCCCCUGCCUCUUUUUUCUCUCACUCUUCCACCCCAGCCGUUUUGCCGAAAAGGGGCCCGGUCGAGAGCUCGAGAGCAACCUCGAUUCAACAAAAAUACGGCCAAAGGUAGGUGGUACUGCUUGGGCAUGAUUGUUUUGUCAAGGGGCAUGGGUUUGUUUAUUUAGUGGGGUUAUUAUGGCGGGUGUUGGGGGUGGUAAAUUGAAAAAAUUUUUAAAGGAAAAAAAUUUGGCCAAAAAUUGAUUUUUUUUUGAGAAAAAUUGCUAAAAAUUGAUUUUUUUGCGGAAAAAAUGGCUGAAUUUUUUUUGAAGAAAAAUUGGCCAAUAAGCCACCUUUUUUGAAGAAAAAACGGCCAACGUUAGGUAAUACUGCUUGGUCAUGAUUGUUUUAUCAAGUGGCAUGAUUUUGUUAUUAAAGGACGUAAUUUUGUUUUUAAGCUUGGCCAUUCUGGAGAUUAUGGGAAGUGUUUGGGAAUAGUAUUUUAAACAUUUUAAAAAGGAAAAAUAUGCCAAAAAAUUAAUUUUUUAUAGAAAAAUGGUCAAAAAUCAAUUAUUUUUGAAAAGAAGGGCCUAAAAAUUGAUUUUUUUAAAGCAAAAAUGGCCAAAAAAAAUAUUUUUUUUUUGAAAAAAAACAACCAAAAAAUAUUUUUUUUUAAAUUUAAAAGUACCGAAAAAUUAAUUUUUUAAACGAAAAAUAAUCGAAAAUAAGCUUUUUUGUCAAGAAAAGUUCAUCAAAAGAUGCUUUUUUAUAAACAAAAGGCCAAAAAUUGAUUUUUUGUACAAAAAACGAUCAAAAAUGUAUUUUUUUCAAAGCAAAAUGACUGAAAAUUCAUGUCUUUUUACUAAAAAAAUUUUUACCGUUAAACCUUUUUAUUUUUGACCGGUUAAAAAUUGAUCAAAAAUUUAAUUUGCUAUCACUUUCUUUCUAAAUUUUUAGUUUUUGAAAAUUUAAUUUUUUUUUAAUUUUUGAAAAAAUUAAUUUUUUCAAAUUUUUAAAAUUUUUAAAUGAAAUUUUACUAGCUUACACUGCCAUUUAAGCCUAUUUUUGCCAUUUCUGAUAAAAAAUUUUUCAAAAAUGACAUUCCUAAUACUUAAAACAAAAUUUUCAAUUCCAGGAUCACGCUCGGACCUUGCUCCCCGGAAUCACGGACCCAGCACCGUUCCAGUCCCGGCGUUCCCGCACUGCCCAGGCGAAACGAAAAAAAGGUGUGUCUCGACGCGAAAACCUUCAUCUCCCCUCCACUGCCCCACAUAAUUAUUAAUUAAUCAACGUGCGCGCGAACGUUCCUUCAUCGGCGUUCCCUUCACGACAUUGUUUUUUGUUUUGUGCCGCAACCUUGGACCGUCUCCGACGUUCAGCAUACUCUCUUCAAUAGCACGUCCUAAGCCGCCGUCCACAACGAAGUUUCAAGCAAAAUGAGUGAACUGGACCAGCUUCGACAAGAAGCCGAACAGCUCAAAAGUCAGAUCAGAGUAAGCGGUUUGGGAGAGGUUUUGAACGCAAAAGGUCGUUGUACUGGAGUUUUCAAAUGCACUGUAUAGUGUUAGCUGGGGUUCAAAGGUUGUUCGUUAUACAGGAGUUCCAGUACGGAAAAGAUACGAUAAAUCUAAGAAAAGGCUAAGAUAGGGCUAGAGCAGGACUAUGGCUAGGGUUAGAACUAGAGCUAGGGCAAAAGCUAGCCCAAAAAAUUUCGUAAUUUUGAAAAUUUUUUUAAUUUCAAAAUUUAGCUUUAGAAUACUAUUUUAACCCUCCAUGCCCCAAAACUUUAAAAUCCAAAAUUUGUUGCCCGCAACUUUCGCAACCUAGUCCCAAAAGUCCGCAACCAGACCAAGAGUUGCAGUGAAAAACAAACAAAUUAUGGAUUAUUUUUAGCCAUUUGCGCCCCAAAUAUAGGCUUUAUUGUUACAAGUUAUUGUUUUUUGGGAUGAAAAGAGAGGCGAAUUCACCUGCAAGACCGAGAAUGACGUGUAGGCAAUUUUGCGGUCCAAAAAUGGGGCUUCAUGUCAUUAUUGGCAAAAGUCCGAAAAGUCACGAAAAUUUUGAAAAAAAGCAACAAUUUUGAAUUUUGACAAGAAGCUUUUGUAUAAAAAUUUAAAAUUUAAAAUUUUGACAAAAAGUUAUUGCUUAAAAACUUCAAAAUUUUAUAUUUGAGCAAGUUGUCGGACUAAAAAUUGAAACAAUAUGCUUCCAAAUAAGACUAAGUAUUAGGUUGGACCAAAAUAUUCGGUUGGACCAAAAGUAGCGGGACACUUUUCUUCUUAUUUCCCAACUGUCCCGCUACUUUUGAUUCAACCUAAUAGGCUGUUUCACAGAUAUUAAGAUUGUUCAAAUAAUUAUGUGCCCCUGACCGCAAAAAUUUGUUUUGAAAAGGAGCAAAGAACUAUUUGAACAUUUUAAUAGGUACUGUGGAACUUCUUUAUAAGGAAUCGCCUAGAGACUUUAAAAUUUUUUGUUAUAGUGGAGUUAGUUAUACAGAAGUUUUAAAUAUACUGUGUAGUGUUGGCGGUGAAAUUUCAAAGUUGUUUGUUAUACAGAGUUUUUGUUAUAUAAGAGUUCUUUAUAUAAGAGUUACAAUGUAUUUUUAAAAUUGUUACAAAAGCCUUUGAAAUUUGCAUACUUUUUAAAUUGUUUUUUAUUUUUUUGCUUUUUUACUCUACCUUUUUACCUUCAGUAUUAGCCAAUUCUAGAGUCACAACAUAGAGAAGACCUUUUUUGACAUUUUGCAAAGCCGGUAAUUAGCAAUUACGCUAAUUUACCUUAUAAUUACGCAACAUAAAGUGCAUUUUACUUGCUCAGCCAUGUCCUUUUCUAUAUUUAAAAAACUUUUUUUUCAUUGCUUUAGGCCCAAAAUUUCAAAAUUUUUAAUAUCGCAAAAUUCGAUUUUAAUAUUUCCAUGUUUUGGUAUUGCAAUAGAUUGUUGACAUCGAGUGACGUCGUCGUACUUACAUUCUUACGAUUCAUGAUGUCAAUAGAAAAGACCCACAAUAGAUAAGGCGCGGGCGAGAGAGAGCGCGUGGAAUGAAGAGAGUGGUUAGAGGAGAGAUUAGAGGGCCAGUGUAGCAAAAAUAAUGCUGGUAGGGGGGGGAGUAUUGGGAAAGAAGUGGUGCGAAAGAGUGCAAAAUAGUACGAGGAAUGGGGAAAGUACUGUCCUAGAGAAUUAGACUUGUAAAGCGGCUAGGCCUGGCUCAACUUUCUGAUUCGGAUCUAGGGUUCACGUGUGCCGAUUCAGCACGGCCACAUUCAAAUUUGCUUUGGCCUGAUUCUUCAUAUUAGAUCGUUCAAAUAAUUUUGUGCCCUCUCUCAAAGCGAUUUUUGGGGCCUGGGAGCACAUGAUUUUUUGAACGACCUUUUUUGAAAUUUUUGGGCACAUUAUUUUUUGAACACCUCUUUUUGAGAUUUUGGGGCACAAAAGUAUUUGAACGGCCUAGUAUAGGCUUGCCAAAAGGAGAUGAGUUAGGAAAAGAAUACCAAUAAGAAGACCAAAUAGAAAAAGAGUAUGAAUAAGAAGAUUAAAUAGAAUAAGAGUAUCAAUAAGAAGAGCAAAUAGAAAAAGAGUAUGAAUAAGAAGAGCAAAUAGAAAAAGAGUAUGAAUAAGAAGACCAAAUAGAAUAAGAGUAUGAAUAAGAAGACCAAAUAGAACAAGAGUAUGCAUAAGAAGGUCAGUUAAGAAAAAAGUAAAUAUUGAAUGAUCAGUUACAAAAAGAGUACCAAUAAGUAGAUAAACUAAGCAAAGAGUACGAACAGAAAGAUCAUUGAAAAACAGAGUACAAGCCAGUGAAAAAGACAAAAGCGGCCAAACAAAAUAGUCAAAAGUUGGGCGAAGGCAGUGACAAAAAGAGAUGCCAUUGACGUCACGACCGGGUCGAUAUCGGGUCCACUGGGAUGUCGAAUGUCUUCGUGGCUUUCCUGAAGACGCAAAAAGUGUAGGACAAGAGGAAUAUAGUAGGGUAGGGGAAGUAAGAUAUAGUAGUUUAGGACAAGAGAGAUAGAAGAGUCAAAGGCAAAAGAAAUAUAUUAGGGUAGGGCAAUAGAGAUAGACCAGUGUACGGCAAGAUGAAUAUAGUAGUGCAAAGCAAGAAAGAUAGACUAGUCAAUCCAGAACAAAAAAAGCUUUCAAAAAGAACGAGAGAGUUCUGAUAACGAAGAGAGUGCUAUACAAAAGUGUCUGUUAGACGUUUCCUCGUACACACUAGGCCAGACACGUUGUGUCCAAAAGAGACCGACGGCCAAGAACGCUGUGUUUGAAAAAGAACGAGGGCCAAGAACGUUGUAUCAAGAAGAAACCGACGGUCAAGAACGUUGAGGCAAAAAGAGAACGACCAAGAACGUUGUGUCAAGGAGAGACCCACCACCGAGAACGCUAUGCUAUACACAGAGCGACGACCAAGCACGUUGAGUCAUAACAAGACCAAGAGAGACUGACCAGACAGCCCGCCUUUGUUUAUGCACACCAAACAGUGUGUGUAAGCUAAAUCGCCGCCGACACAAAGAGCGGAGAAUUUCGGCCAAAUUUAUGGCUCAGUGUGUGCCCAGCGGCAUUACUAAAGUAGAGUGCGAGUCCUCAAAGGAAAUGAGUUUCUUCGCCGCAACACUAAAGACUACUUUAAAAAAGAGCACCAGCUACGUCACGACGCGAAAAUAAUAAUUAUAAAUUGUACACUACAAUCAGCGUAAAUGACCGCUAAAAUGAAUUCUUAGGAUUUCAGCACAAAGGGGGUAACAACAAAAACAAAUUUUGAGUAGAAAUUGGGGGGUAGAAGACUGUAUAACAAACUUUCUUUAACAAAAAGUCCUGCAUAACAAUUUCGAAACUUUAGCAUAAUUCUUGAUCAUUACUAUAACACAACUCUUCAGGAAGCUCGCAAAAAUGCAAACGACACAACCCUGGCUUCGGUGGCCGCCAACCUCGAGCCGAUCGGUCGAAUCCAGAUGCGUACCCGACGAACCCUACGUGGUCAUUUGGCCAAAAUCUACGCCAUGCACUGGGCGUCGGACUCGCGAAACCUCGUCUCCGCUUCACAGGACGGUAAACUCAUCGUCUGGGACUCGUACACGACGAACAAAGUUCACGCCAUCCCACUGCGCUCGUCGUGGGUGAUGACAUGCGCGUACGCGCCAUCCGGAUCAUUUGUCGCCUGCGGCGGUUUGGACAACAUUUGCUCCAUCUACUCGCUGAAAACGCGCGAAGGCAACGUGCGUGUGAGUCGUGAACUGCCCGGCCAUACCGGAUACCUGUCGUGCUGUCGGUUUUUGGACGACAACCAGAUCGUCACCUCGUCCGGUGAUAUGACUUGGUAGGUUUUUGAGGAUGGUAGGGUAGGGUAGAAUAUAGCUAAACUUAGUAGCCUUGUUUUGGGUCCUGGGGCUUUAGUUCGAAACAAGGACAUUGGUUUAAAAUCUGGACCUUUGGCUUGGGCCCUGUGGGUCUCAAAUCUUGGUUCGAGCCCUGGAGCCUUGGUUUUGAGCAUGUGGCUUCAGUUUGGGAACUAGAGGCUUGGUUUAGACCCGGUAUCGGUCUGGACGUGAGCUCUUGGAGCUUUGGUUUAAGCCGUGGGGUCUUGGCGGGGGUCCUGGGGUUUUGGUGUGGGCUCUGUAGACUUCGUUUGAGUCAUGAAGCCUUGGUUUGGAUCCUGGGGCCUUGGUUCGGGCCUUGGUUUAGGACCUGGGGCCUUAGUUUGGGUCCGAGAGUCUUGGUUUGAACCCAGGUCCCAAAAUCACACACGCUCCCGCGAUCUCAUCCAGGCUUGCCUUAACCCACCAGGUCCGGCAUAAAUUCAAGCCAAACUCGGGACUAGUAGUCCCCCCCCCCUUCAGGACUAGUCCCUUAUCACUUGUUUUCUUCAAUAAACCUUCAAAAAUUUAAUGUCAUCUCAAUUCCAGUGCUCUAUGGGACAUUGAAACCGGCCAACAAGUGACCGCCUUCACCGGACACACCGGCGACGUCAUGUCGCUGUCGUUGUCGCCCGACAUGCGGACCUUCAUUUCCGGCGCCUGCGACGCCAGCGCCAAACUCUGGGAUGUUCGCGAUGGAAUGUGCAAACAGACCUUCCCCGGACACGAAUCAGAUAUCAAUGCUGUUGCGGUAGGUGUUUCAGCGACUAAAAAUUUAUCGACUAGUAAAAAAAAAUUUUAUCGACCAGUAAAAAAGUUUUAUCAACUGUUGAAAAAAAAAUUUUAUCGACCGGCAAAAAUUUUUAUCAACCAUCAAAAAAAUUUUAUUGAUUUCUUUUUUCAGUUCUUCCCCUCAGGCCAGGCCUUCGCCACCGGCUCGGACGACGCCACUUGCCGACUUUUCGAUAUUCGCGCCGAUCAGGAACUUGCCAUGUACUCUCACGAUAACAUUAUUUGCGGUACGUUUACUAAUCGUUUUUAUACAAAUUUUAGAUAAAAAUCUCGAACUUUAAAUGGCUUUUCUUAAUCAUUAGCCUAAGGAUUCUUAAGCCUUAGUCUUAAGCCAUUUUAAGCAUUAGCCUUAACCUUUAUAACCUUCUACUGGCUAUAUUAAAACCGCCAUUUUCAGGUAUUACAAGUGUGUCAUUCUCCAAAUCGGGUCGUCUGCUGUUUGCCGGUUACGACGACUUCAACUGCAACGUCUGGGACUCGAUGCGACAAGAGCGAGCUGGUAUGUUUUUGAUUUUCUGAACUUUAGGCCUUAAUUUGGGCCCUGGGGCCAAAGUUUGAGACUUGGAUUUAGCUCAGAGCCUUGGCUUGGGCCCUGAAGCCUUGACUUGGCACUGGGGUUUGGGUUUGCCCUAGUCUAAUAUAGCUACUAAGCCUAAGCCUAAGCCUACUAAGCCUAAGCCUACUAAGCCUAAGCCUACUAAGCCUAAGCCUACUAAGCCUAAGCCUACUAAGCCUAAGCCUACUAAGCCUAAGCCUACUAAGCCUAAGCCUACUAAGCCUAAGCCUACUAAGCCUAAGCCUACUAAGCCUAAGCCUACUAAGCCUAAGCCUACUAAGCCUAAGCCUACUAAGCCUAAGCCUACUAAGCCUAAGCCUAAACCUAUUGCUUAUUAUAUAACAUAUAUUAACCUCUACAUUUGCAGGUGUUCUCGCUGGCCACGACAACCGCGUCUCCUGCCUGGGCGUGACCGAGGACGGGAUGGCGGUCUGCACGGGCUCAUGGGACUCCUUCCUCAAGAUUUGGAAUUGA